GAGUUGAGAUGAAUCUUUUCCCUGAAAUUUCAGAAGUAGGGACCACCUCUAAAAGCUGAGAUGUUUCAUUCCAACAGGACAAAGUAGCAUCCAGAGUGGAGUGAUGAGGGGGAAUCUGGGGGAAAACGGGGCACUAUUCUGGGUUAAAGGAAUAGAGCCCCAUUUCUAUACUGGAUCUCCCCUUUUUCCUGACUUUGUUGACAACCCAGCAUGCCGCACUGCAAAAUGAGAUGUCCCCUCUGGCAUUUACCUCUUCCUCCCUCUUUUCUUUCCCCAAAGACUGUUGCGUCCUAUUUCAGAGCAGCUAAUGUAAGUGGAAGCCAAAGUAUUUUACUUGUGUAUUUAAACUUUUAUCUAUAUAUUGAUAUCUGCACAGUCCAUACAUACUGUGCACGUAAGUGAGAAAUCUCAUUUUUUAAAAUAAAUUAUUGUUUAAUACUUUAAAUCUUUUCUCUUCCUCCUCCCCCAUACUUUGAAAUGUCUACCAGCCCAAUAGUAAGACUGAAUAGCCUGGUAUUUUGGUAGGCCAGAGCCUAGAUGAGAACCAUAAAGAAAAUUCUUCUUGGGAAUUUAACUUUGAUUCAUAACAAUUUAAGUAAAGAAUUCCAAGGAUUGGAGGAAGGAAGUGCCAUCAAUAGAAAAGUUACGAUUCUGCAUAGUAUUAGACUUGUCAUAUGAAAUUGAUAAUAUUUUAUACCUUAAAGUCUAGUGCACAUUAAGAAAGGGCAGCUCUACACUUUAUUUUGCAUUUUAUCAAAUGUAUUAUAGCUGUGCUUGAGAAGAGCAGUGCAUCAAAACCUUUAGAAAUAAGUCCCCUUGAAAGUUGGAUGAAGUUAGAAAUCCAAAGAUACAAUCUUUGGCAGUGAGAUUAUUUUUUCCCCUCUGAGCUCUGCUUUGAAAAUGUUGCCAAGGCCUCUAACUGGUAUUCAAAUCUUUCCAGGGGAUGGGCUGAGAUAUGAAGGAGAUUGGAAUUCUGGGGCUUUCUCUCUCUCCCUCCCCUCUCCCUUUUAGCUGUUGUUUUGUUUAUAUCUAAUAUUUUGGAAGUAAUUCAGAAUUACUUCUGUUGAUUUGACCAUUAAUCCAGUGAGUUAUUAAGCUUCUAAAACAAAAGGUCAAGGGUAAGAAAGAGUUACAAUCCAUCAAGGAAAACAAUUGGUUGAGAUUGGCUUCUAGGUAGAAUUUGUGUCUAUCUUAGUUCAAAGAAGUUAAAAAGGGUCAGGUUUCAUGGAUAACAUACCUAUCUGAUAUAGAUAUCUUUCAAUCACAGACAUCUAUUCAUAAAUCCUUUUAAAUUUGGAGCCAUUCUAAUAUUAUCCUUAGACAUGUUCUUCAAGCAAGAUCUAAAAUAUUUUUGUUCAUAGAUGUGUUUCAUAAUUACUUUUUAUUACUGAAGAUUAGAAGCAUAGCCAUAUAUAAUAUUUCCAUAUAGUGUUGAUGGAUAAAUGGGAUUGAGAUUUAGCAAAAUUUAGGAUGGGUUCCUGUAACUUAAAGUCUGAUUGAGUUUCAUGUUUUGUUUCCAACUAGGAGUAAUGCUAAGAUUAGUUAUAAAUAUAAGCCCUGUAUUUAUAAUUAACUAAGACACAAUCUACAUCCAACAAAUGAAACAAACUAUAUAACUUCCAUAGAUGUUGUUUUCAUAUCCACAGAAGAAAGCUAGGAUAUAAAACAACAAAUAGAUAACGUUACAGCAAUUGCCACAGUAAUUGCACUAAUAAAUAAAACAAUAAACUGACCCACUCACAUACCACUGGGAAUAAAUUAUGUUGAGGAAAAGAAGACCAGGACCACUCCUAAAUAAGAGACAAAGAAUUUGUAGCAUUGUAGAUAUUGGAGAAUUAUAAUUUCCAGCAGGCCUUAUCACUGGCUGGCUAUGUCUGGAGGGAAUUGCAGACAUAUUCCUCAUCCCUGCACAGAUGUGAAGGAACCGCUGCAAUAUUAAAUGAGGGAGCACCAGUUCUUUUUACUGCAUUUCCUAAUCAGUUACUUAUAGUUUACUAAGAUGGAUUCUGAAUAGCAACUCUUCUGUACUGAAUGAGAUAGCAAUACAAGAGCUACAAGGCUCUUGUAUAUCAGCCAUAAGGUUACUUUUUGCCACUGUCUAGAUAUUAAUGCUAUAGAUUAUUACCUUAAGACAGUUCCAUUUCAAAUAUAUUCUACUGAAACUCCAAAAAUCUCCAGCCUCUCCCUGCCCACUGCCCAGAUGGUUGGUUUACAACAGUCCUGACCAUUAACAAUGCUCAGUCACAGAGACUGGGACAAUGGGUGCUGUAUAUAUUAAAAGGGCAUAGGUAAGAAAUCAGUAUAACUCCUUCUCUGUGCUGCCUUAUCCUCACCUGUCAAAAUCCAGCAGCUGUGAUUUAAAGAUUAAAAAAAAAAGAAUAAUUCCCCAAUUUACUUUGUAAAAGGCCCAGUCUACAGCCACUGAACCAUUCUGAAACUGUAUGGUUGAGGUGAAACCCUACAUUUCAGGUUUAGUCAUAAAACAGAAGCAAUAAUUGCCUGGGUGAUUCUGCAGUUGCACAUGAGGAUCUCUCAAAGGUGCUAGAAUUGAAUAAGCUUUUGGAAUGAGAAGUGGAGCGUUUUCAAAAGGGAAAAAAAUGUAAGAAAGUCCUUAGGGUAUUACCUUUUGGAAAAAGCAUCUUUGGAACAACUAUGACCUGGGUGACUGAGAAUUUCUAUAGAUAAAUGUGUGGAUUAACUUUCUUACACACACACUCAGCCAUAUUCAAGAUAUCCAGGAAUGGAUAGAUGUAUUCCACAUUUCUAGUGGGCAUCAAAUUGUCAAAGGCUGAAGAAAUGAAUAGCAAUAAAGUAGUUUUCAAAUCUUCAGCUUUCUUGAGUUGCUUUAGCAAACGAUGAACUCUAUUAGCACAGAACUGGUACUAGCAUUGCAAUAAUAAUACAGCUGUAACCUGUUGGAUUUUUAAGAGUCUAGAAGCACUUAAAAAAAUAGCCAAUAAUUUUAUUUAUAGAACGAAAGAUUUCAGCUGGAAGCCAGAAAUGGAGAACCCACGAGGAUCUGGUAUCCGUGGACUGGUGCCAACUCGGUGGCAGUUCAAACGGGCCGGCGCUUUUAGUAACAACAAGGAGCGCCCGGAAUGAGGCUCAGAUUGUUGCCAGAGGCCGCAGAACCGAGAAGGAGGUGCCGAGGCCUCCCGGCCAUGAUUUAUAUUCUUGAGGUUGUGUGACAUACGGGGAUGCCGAGCCGGGGACUGUGGGUGGGUGGUUAGCGGACGUUUUUAUUACAGAUUAAUAAUAUUAGCAUUCAGAACGGGAAACGAGGUUACUGGAGCCAAGGAAUGUUUCCCCAAACGAAAAUAUUUUAAAACGAUCUCUUCUUUCAUAAACGAAACCUUCUCCCCGUUUCAAAGAUAGGUCUCUCGUUGCUCACCUCCCACUAAUUCUGGGUCCAUUACUUGGCGACGUCCUUUUCUCUUACCGUCACACGUGAAGGUCAACUGCCAAAUAAAUGUCCUUUUACACCUGAACGUACCGCGGUGAAAUUAUAGCUCUGUUCUCAGGCAGAUUUUAAAUUGAGAACGAGCGGCCCGGCCAAUAUUUUAUCUGAAGAGUUCGGUCCCUGUCACGAAGGAUCAAGAGCACAGGAUUGUGUCCGCCCAUUUUAUGCUUAGAAAAAUCUAUCAGACUUCAAAUUCGGGGAUUAGGAUUGACCUAAUUCCUCUUUUUGUUCUGCACGAAGACUUUGUCUCACCUUCGCCUGCCGAAAAGCAACAACAAAUGUUAAGAAACGCAAGUCUGCCUUGCGAUUUUUUGUACUGUAAACGGGAAGAAACCGCACUUUGGUGUCCGGGAAAGCAUACAUUAAGACUUUUUUUUCCCUCAACGAAAAUAAGUGGUCUAGGUAUCUGUCGUGCCAUUUAAAAAUUGAGAAUUGGGCAAUUCAAUGUGCAUAAAAAGUGUUAGGACAAAAAAGUCUAAAAAAUCGCUUUUGGGUGAUUGAGGAUGAGUUAAUCCAGAGACCCGCUGCUUAAUUCAAAUUAGUGGCUUUCAGGACUAAAUAUCACGACGUGAACUGGCGGUUUCAAGUACUGUACAGUAUUGCGUUAAUGAUGGUAAUAACAGCAACAAUGAACUGCAAAUAAUGCGGCUGAGAACAGAGGGGACUUAGUUUUUAUUUGGAGCAUUUUUUCCCUACUCCCAUCGCAAACACGAUUUAUUUUAAAGUAAAGGUUCUAUACGUCCCCCACUUCCAACGUUUGCCCCUUGCCUCUUUCUUUCUUUAAACAGACCCCUCCUUUUUCAAUUUGUUCUUUUCCAUUAUAUCUUCUGGAUCACUCGCCUGAGUUUUUAAUAGUACAUUUGUGACCUACUUGGCACACCCCAAGCUACUUCACUAGCACCACCACAAAGUGUGUAACCUUUAAUUUUGCAGAGGAGGGUUGAUUCAUUGCCAUAGCUUGCUUUGAGUUUAUUCCUUCCAAAGCAACCCUAUAUAUACUACUACUCAGAAAAUGCCAAGGAGUUUUUUAGGAUUUGUCUCCAGGUAAGAUUUUGUAGGAUUGCUAAGUAACUGUACAGUUAUUCUAUGCAUAUUUAUUCACCACCAUGAUCUGUUGCAUUCAGUAUGGUUUAGUCCAAGAAAAGUGUACUUAAAUCUGAAAGAAAGAAAAAAUCUGAAAUAAAAAUUGACCUGGUAAACCAAACUACAGAUAAUAAACAGAGGAAGAAAUACAAAUUCCAAAUGUUAAAUCUUGCUCUCUGUUUUUGAAACCAUCCUCCAAUCUUGUCAGUUAGGUUAAGAGACUAAACUAAACUAUAUAAAAGUGCAGAUUUAUCCUGGUAAAAGUUAGUUUACCUACAGUAGUGGUCUAAAAGUAAUUCUGCAGAUGAAAAAAGAUGUUUGGUAUCCAAUCUUGCAAUGGUAGUCCAAAUAAAAAAAAAAAGCCUAAUAUUGGAAAAAACAUCCUUCUUAGUUCCUUAUGAAAGCUUGACCAGAAAAAGCUAAUAUCCAAGUGAAGGUCCAAGAAGUUCUUCUGUAAUUUCUAGAACCAUUUGGUGCAAACCAAAGGUAAAGUUGGAUUUAGCAAAAGGUUCAGAUGAAAAAGUUUCUCUCUGCCAAAGUAUCAUAAAAAAUUCCAUGGGCCAAAUAUUAAGCUUUCGGAUAGCCAGGGUCUAUGAGGAAAGUAACCAGCCCAUUCCAAUACUUCUUCCUUUUCUCAGUGCCAGGUCUUGUCAAUUCAGCACCCCAAAAGGCAGAACUGGGGAAGAAGUAACAAUGGAUCUCUCAUUUUGACAUACUUACAGGACUAAAAAUGUGCAGAGACCUCAACUUCUUCCUCCCACUCUCAGUUGUAAUGGCAACUCUCUCCUUCCUGACAGCAGCAAAAACUAGUGUGAACCUUUUGUCUUUGCAAGCAAAGCUCCCUUUGGACAGGACAGGGGUAAUAAAUCUUAAGUCACUUUGACAUCAUCUAUCUAUAGCUAUAGCUAUAUCAUCUCUCUCUCUCUCUCUCUCUCUCUCUCUCCAUCUACCCAUCCAUCCAUCCACCCAUCCAUCCACCCAUCCAUCCAUUGGUUUAUUUUACUUUUUCCAUUUCAAAUUGUUUCAUACAUCCCCAUUCCAAUUACCUAACUCAGAAGUAAUCUCAACAAGCAAAUGGUUUUGUACCUUGCUACAUGCACAGAAUAACAUGAUGGGCUUUCAGUAAUGUGCCUUUUUUAUUUCUUAAUACAGAGGUACCUCUUCCAUGCUCAAUCACACGUUGCCAGAACAUACAAACCCAAUUACAAAACAUGGCUUAAUAUAUAAACUUGAUUUGACCCUCCUCCUAUUUUUAUACUCUCUUGAAUGUUUAAAUUUUCACUAAUACAACACAUACAAAACUUCAUGCUACCAUGUUUCUGUUACCUUCCCUUGAAGAGUAGCCAUCAUAAUUAUGUCUUAUUCUCUAUAUAUGACAUCUAGUUUGCACCAGAUGAAAUAACAGAAUAUCGAAAGGCCUCUUCUGUAGCUGUACUGAAAUAUCAGCAGAAGAGAAAAAUGUAGGAAGAGGAAGAAAGAGAAUAGGAUGAUAGAAAAAGGUGGGGGAUAGGAUUCUCUUUCUGAAGAUUUAUUAGCAUAACUUGACAUGUAGUUGAGAAACAUGUGGAUCAAUACAACUCCAGUUCUCCUGCUAGGCCUCUGUGUCCACCAUGUCUCUAUUUGCAUAUUGCUUUUUUUCUUAACUGACACUGUCAGGAAGCAACCUUGGCUUUUGCCCAAGCUCUCCAAAGCCCAUUCACUCACCCUCACAAACACACCCUCACACACACACACACAUCAUCGCCUCUCCCCUUGCCAGAUAUAAAGUCUCUUUACGGUACAUAUAUUUUUAUUCUCUAACACACACCCCCAUUCUCCCCUUUAAAUGGCAAGCAGGUUAUUAGUUUAGAAUUAGCACUAAUAUUAGUAUUAUGUUUAAACCUCUAUCUAGGCAUUGCCCUAUUGAGGGUUUGAUGUAAGCGAUUCUUUCUGUUUUCCCCUCCUUGGCACCCUGUCUGUCGUUUGGUCUGUCUAUCCUUCUUUCGAGCUCUCUCUCCUCUGUUGCCUUCUGCUGUAAAGCCAGAGGCCAUUGUUAACUGUGAACAGGGCGUACAGAGAGUAUAGGGCAGUCAGAAUCCUCAACAUCUUUGGAAGGCUGUCGAGAAUCUUGUGAUUUCUCCCUCUUCUCACCUUCCCCCUCCUCCCCAAACGGACAGAGGGGGGGGGAGAGAGAGAGAGAGAGGGAGAGAGAGAAAGAGAGAGAGGGAGAGAGAACCGGAGCAUCCCUCACCAGAGCUUCUAUAGAGAGAUUCCCCCCUCCCUUUGGCGUUAUGACCGGAUUUCUCUCUCUAGAUAUUCCUUGAACAUUUUUUUUAACCAAGAGGAAUGGGGGGAGCUCUCCUCGCUUAUUGAUUGCGUUGCUUGCUGGCUGCGAAAAUAUAUUAUGUCUGCUCGCCGCGCUGCUCUCGUCAGAGGCUAAGGUCAUCUUCCAAAAGACACCGGGGGAAGGGAAGGCCCCUUGUCACGUGACCUGGGGGGUGCCAAUGUCCUUCCAUGAGAGGGCCAACCGGAGCCUGGUAACAGCGAGCGAGCGCCUCGGGGAACCCCAGCCAUGCAGAAGACCAGCUACUACGACACCUCCCCGCUCUUUGGGGCUUAUUCCUACCCGGGGGCCAACGGCUUUGGUUAUGAGGGCCCUUCUCCGCAGCCUUUCCAGCCCGCGGCUCAUGUGGAGAGCGAUUACCAGCGGCCCGCCUGCACCCUCCAGUCUCUGGGCAACGCGACCCCACUGGCCAAGGCGAAGGACCUGAACGGGAGCUGCCUGCGCCCCAGCUUGCCUCAGGAGCACCACCCGCCCCCGCCCGUCUCACCACCCACCAACCCCAUCACCGCCACCAGCGGGAGCGGCAACACCACAUCCAACAGCACCGGCGGCAGCAAUAACCAUAGCCAAUCGGGGGCGGUCAAAAGUGUCCCAAGCAAAUCCAGCCUGGCCUCUAGUAAUGCCGCCCUCACCAAGCAGAUUUUCCCCUGGAUGAAAGAGUCGAGGCAAAACGCCAAGCAGAAAAACAGCUCCCCCUGCGCAGAAAGCUGCAGCGGCGAGAAAAGCCCUCCAGGCUCCUCAGCUUCCAAGAGGGCUCGCACAGCUUACACCAGUGCCCAGCUGGUUGAGCUGGAGAAGGAAUUCCAUUUCAACCGCUACCUUUGCAGGCCACGCAGAGUGGAGAUGGCUAACCUGUUAAACCUCAGUGAGCGACAGAUCAAGAUCUGGUUCCAGAAUCGGAGGAUGAAAUACAAAAAGGAUCAAAAGUCAAAAGGCCUUGGGUCAUCCUCUGGGGGACCUUCCCCCACAGGGAGCCCACCCCAAGCCCUACAGUCCUCGGCAGGCUUCCUGAAUGCCCUACACCCCAUGACUUCAAACUACGAAGCUCCAUCUCCUCCCUCUUUCAACAAACCACACCAGAAUGCCUAUGCCAUGCCCACUGCCUACCAAAACCCUAUCAAAGGAUGCCCCAGCCAACAGAAGUAUGCCAACACAGCACCCGAGUACGAUCCUCAUGUCUUACAGGGUAAUGGGAGUGGUAGCUAUGGCCCCCCCAAUAUGCAAGGCAGCCCAGUCUAUGUGGGUGGCAAUUAUGUGGAUUCUAUGCCCAACUCUGCUUCAUCACUUUAUGGGCUGAACCCCCUUCAACAUCACCAGCCCCCCAGCAUGGAAUACAAUGGAGGCCCUCAGAUGGCCUCCAACCAGCACCAUGGGCCUUGUGAGGCUCACCCAACCUAUACGGACCUUUCUUCUCACCAUGCUUCUACUCAGGGUAGAAUCCAAGAGGCACCCAAGUUGACCCAUCUGUGAUGAAAAGCAGGCCAGACUCCGUGGGGAGUUAAUAGAGAAGGGAGGUGGAUGUGGGAUUGGUGAGUCAGGGGACAGACUGGUUAUGCAAAAAGAAAUGGACAAACAAACAUUUGUGUUGAAACCCUUUAUAAAAGUCAAACCUAUUGUUUCAGGGGCACAGUUUAUGCAUGCUGUGUCUUGCCAUUCCUGCCAGAUUUGACCCUAGGGUGAUAAAGAGCUUAGGAGGCUUAUGGAUACGCCAUACCCUCUGGAAUAAAAGUAUUCCUAUAUAUUCCCCUCUCAAAGAAAAGUGAAAGCACCAGACAUCCUAGUGCUCUUCAUAUGAUUUAGGUAAAAGUCCUUAGAUUAAGAUGAACAAAUCCUAGGGACCAGCCAAUUGAGCUCUAAAAGACCUGUUGUAAAUCCAGGCUAGGAAUGGCCAGACUAAUGCAAUCUCAAAGUGCAAAAAAGCCUACAAGGCUAUGGGAAUCUAUUCCUUUUUCUUCAGUGUGAGAAGUUAUUUUAAGAACUGCAUCUUAAACACACACUACCUUUUAUGUUGUAGUCCAGUUUAGGCAGAGGGGGAGGGGUCAGAGUAAACUUGUGCUUUCUUGGACCAACAACUCUUGUUGGUUUUGUGAAUACACACGUGGGAACCAUGUUUUUAACUAGUCAUGAUUACAUCUUGAAUGGAGCAGCACAUUUUCAUGAGAUACAGACUUUCCACAGGCAGGGUACACCAUUUCUUCAAUUUAAAGAAAAGCUGAAGAACUGCCUCAAAACUAUAUAUACAUAGGAAAUUAACUUCAGUCCUUUUACAUUUUUGGACUUAAACUCCCAUCAGCCUCCAUAAGCUAAUAAAUAGAAAAGGGUUGUGGGAAAUGCAGUCUGGAUCAUCUAGACACUAACAGAUGUAUACCAUUCUUCUAUCACUCUCUUUUCAUAACUGCUAAAAUCUUAAUUACUUUUAAGUAAAGCUCUAUCACAUUGGAAUUGAAAUAAUUUCAAUGGGAAAAGAAGUUCACAAGUUGCAUUCCCAGUCAGGAAGGGAGUAAGGAUUCUUAAUGACAUUAGGAGUAAACUUCCCAAUCAUGUGUAUAUGUUCUAUACAGAUCACAAAACAGCAGUCUAUUUAUACAUAAUAGAUAGGCUGCUUAAAUAUAGAUUGAUUAUUGAUAGAUUCAUUAAGACUCCAAUUUGAUAGAAAGGGUUUGAACAUGUAUAAGACUGCCCCAUGAAAAAAGACUUGCUAAAAUCACUGACACGAUCCUUCCCCUCCCUAAAAAAACUUUACAUACCAUUUAUUUCAAUGCAGUUUGUGCAAGAGAAUUCCCUGCUGAAAGUUGUCUUGCUGUAGAACUUACUUCUAUUCAUUUCAAGUAUUUUCUUUUUUUAAAAGUAUGCAAAUAUUUUGUUUACAAUUAUAGAAGGGUGUAUGGGUGUUUGGAGACAAUCAACCAUGCAGGAACAUACACUUACACACAUACACAUACAGAGAGAUUCAGUCAAACUGAUUUUGAUAAAAGGGGAAAGGAAGAUGUUACUAGUGAAUUUCAUCCCUUUUUAAAAUUCUUUUUCAAGAAUCUGUUUUAGAUUUGUAUUUCACAUAUGCAUUUGUCUUGAGGUUUCGACACAAAUGUUUUGAAUGUAUAAAAAUGUCCUGAUUCUUCUGAAAUCAAUUGAAAUAGAUAAUUUCUGUUACAUUUUUUAAAAAAAGUUCAUACAACAUGCACAAAAAGAUCUGGGUGUCUUAAAUGCACCUCAAUAUUUCUUAUAUCUAUGCUCUUCUCCCUUAGCUAAAUACUAAUCUAUCACAAUUCUUAAAGGUUUAUUUUACAAAGAAGAAAGAGAAUUCUAAGGUAUUGAAUGGAAAACUGUCUUUUUCCAUUCUCAGUGUAUCUCCAUCCAUGUAAAGGUGUUUUGUCCAGUUUCACCAACCCAAUCCUUAAAAAUUAUUAUUCACUGUUAUAUUCCCCUCCCUCUUCUUUAAUUCUAUCAGAGGUUUUGUUUUUCAGAAUUGGGCAGUGGAGUGGUUUCUUUACCAAGUAAAUUUAACAGUAAAAUUGAGAUUGUUUCCACAAAUAAAAGCCUAACAUCUGGAAGGAGAAAAAUAGAGACCUCCCCUUUGUUCUUCCAUGAUUACCUACCCUUUAUGAUUUUGUUUUAAGGUUGGUUAAGGACUGGGGGACUCUCUCACUUAUAUAAUAUGUCUUUGCAUUUGUCUGCAUAAGUUCUGUUGAACGUGAAAACAGGGUAUAUUUGAUCAGAAACUGUUAUGUCCUCCAAAUGGAAGCAAAGUAAAAGAUCCUUUGGGGAGAGGAUUCCUUUACUGGUGCCUCUUCUUUGGCCUGACAUUCUUGCACUUAGAGUUUACAUUUUAAUGGCUAUAUAUACCAACAUUUGAAGGACACACAUUGGAAUACUAUUUUCAAUGGAGGUGUGCCAUGUUCCAGUAAACAUUCAUAUAUAUAAAUAUAUAAAUAUAUAUUAUAUUAUAUUAUAUUUAUUGGUUAUAGCCAGUUUUAAACUAUUUUUUCUUUUGUUGCAUUAUUUAUCCCCAACAUUUAUGUAUUUAUAAGGAAAAUGUACUUUUUUUUUUAGUAUUGACUUGUUAUAAAGGACAAUGGUCUUUGUCAUUGUACAACCAAAUUUUAUUUUCCAUUCUUCCUGCUCUCUCUGUUCUUUUUUAGUUAUUGUAAUUUAGGAAAAAGGCCAGUAGUUACCUUCGUACUUAAAAUAAUGUGUUUAGUUCUACUGGAGGCAUGAAAUCAGGCUGUAAUUGUAUAGUCCUCAAUUAGAAGAACUAGCUAAUCCCCACCCCACCUAAUUCUCCUCUUCCUUCACUACCACUUCCUUCUCUUUUUUGAAGCAUCUUCCUUUGUUCUUUACAGUAGAUAAGUUUAUUUCUUUGCUGAAAGGGUUGUCUGUUGAACAAUUCUUGAAUAAACUUUCUGUUCUUAAUUUAUUCUUGUCCCAUUUGUCAGAUUUGAAAACAGGAAGAAAAAUAAGGUAUCAAAUAGAAUGAAGAUGUUCAAUUAAAAAAAAUAGAUUUCUACAUUUUUCAGCCAUUAAUGAGGAAGGCAUUUAUCUGUCUUAUCCUACCUUCUUUGAUUCAGUUUAUUCUUUUGGUUAUGACAGUCACUUCUUUAUUUUAGAGCUUAUAAAAUGAGGAUUUUUCCCAGCUGAUUAUAAUUAUUUUAAAACUUAAUCAUUGGAGGUGUGUGAUUUUCCUCCCCCUCUCCCCACAAUGACCCCAGUCUCCCCCCAUCCACUUGAAAAAUUUUGUUCUAAGUAGUCUCACGCCAAUUAAAAUUACCCUUCAUCUUCUGCACAUACAAAGAAAGGUGGUCACGUGCUGUCCAGACUAAACAGCCAUUGGGCCUAAAAUGAAAACAAAGGAAAAUGAUUAAUCAUAACAAAAGGCACACAGGCUUUCUUGCUGAAAUUAAGAGUGAGUGGGGGAGAACUUAUUGUGAAAUUAAAUCACUAAGUAAAGCAAGAAAAGAGUUGAAAGCAGAUGCAGUUUGGAGCAUUGAAAGU